CCUCACUUCAUCGCUGCCUCCUAUUCCUGAUCCAGCUAGUUUGUGUAUGCUUUUUCCUUGCCCAUUCUCCCUGGAAUCCAACAAUCUCUCUGGCCCCAGAACGACCCUUCUCUCUUCAAGCCCAUUUGUUUUCUCUCCUUCAGGGGUUUAGGAAUCUCUCAAGUCUUCUCAGAGGUUUUCUUCACGAGGUCCGCCCAGUGUCCCAUUUUGGUGCGAAACAGCCGGGUUUGAAAGGGGAAAAAAGGAACAAGGAAGAGCCCAAAAAAGAUUUGUCAAACAUGUCGACCACAACCUUGACGGAUUCGCUGUGGCAGCGAUCGAAGAAGAAGAUUCCGCUCUUGGGGCGCAUUUCGAAACUGAAAAAUGGCACACUCACGGCUGAAAACGAAACCGACGCAGCAAAGGCUGCGCAUGCGCGACGGCGGGAACAGGUCAGGAGAGCCCAGCGCAAUCACCGAGAAAGAAAGGAAAAUUAUAUCAAGGCCCUCGAACGGGAGUUUCGUACCUUGCGCGAUGAGGAGGAUUCCAUAACGAUGGAGACGCAGAAAAUAGUGGACGAGAACAAGAUACUUCGUGAUAUCAUGCUUGCGAAUGGAAUCCCAUUUCCGGGAAAGGCCCAAGCUCCAAGUGCCCAGACUCGACCACCCACUAUCGUUAGGGUGAUUGGGAAUCCCGGUGAUGAGCAGCGCUUACAAGUUUCUGUGGAUGGUGCUCUCGACAAGCCACGGAUAUUCCCGCCAGACCCAAUAGAUCUAGACAGCCGAAAGAUGCCAACUCCAGACCAAACUCCCUGUUGCCUGCAACCUGCCAUUACGAAUGACUCUCCGAAUGCCGCCUCACAAAGCCCUCCGAACCAUACUGUAGGACCAAAUCAUUGCAACCAUGCAGUGCUGCCAACGUCUUCCCAAGGCCAUCCCCUCGGAUUAGAUGCCACGCAAGUUGGAGUUGAUUUUGUUCUCUUCUUGGAACGCCACUGCUUACAACAUGCAAGGACAUCUUGUGCAAAGUCCCCAUUCUCUGGUCACAUUCUUACUUUCCAAACACCAUUGCUUGCCAAUGGUCCGGAUGUACUUCAUGAUAAUGACACAUGGGAGAUUCCCGCCUGCCAUCUUGAUCGGCUUUUUGACCUCGCUGGGGCGUUGAACCUUGAAGGUGAUAUAACUCCAGUGCAAGCAUGGAAUAGGAUUAAACAGCACUCCUUGUUUCACAAGCUUAAUGCGGAAACUUUGCGAAAUUUGACUGUACAGCUGAGAAAGGAAGUCCAAUGUUUUGGGUUCGGAGCUGUGAUUGAUGAACAACUGUUCAAUAUGUAUUUGGAACAGGCCUUCCGUUCACUCUAAGUAUCAAAGCAUAGCCUCACAGUGUUUCUUUUGUUAUUUUUUCUUUCUUUUCUUCAUUUGCUUGCUUGGUGUUUUAGAGCAAGCGACCCAAAUUGCAAUUUUCAUCCUAAUUGUUUCAGGCAAAACUCUGGUGACAUCAUUUCAAGGAUCCGCAUUGUCAGAUUCUCCUGAAGAUUUUUUUUUCUUUCGCUCGCCUUGUUUGCUUUCUGUGGAAAAUUUUUUUUAUUUCAGUAUUGUUUCUGGAAUCACAUUCACAAAGCGUUCACAUGUAUCAGAUAGCCGAGAACAGCCAUUUCCUUUUGCUUGA